UGCGUCAUUUCCUGACAGAGGACGGUCAGAGGCGAGAGAGCCGCCAGUCUCACUCUGUCGCUGUAGUAACGGAGACACCGAGCAGCAGGUCACCUCAACACUGCAGCCGGACGGAUAAUAAGAACAAAACCAACAAACUAACGACUGGAAUUCGUUGCUUGCUCCGUGUAACACUGCUGGAUAGAUAUUUUUGUGAACUUGACGUCGUUUGGAACUAAAAGUGAGACCAGAGAGGGAUAGUAUGGACUCGUCGGGACGCUGAGCAGGAACAGAGAAAUAACUUUUAUUUUUCUUCGCUGAGGAAAUAGCGUUUCUUUCCGAGACGCGUGCACUUGUACAGUGGACCAAGUACAAGUCGUUUUAAGUUCUGCUGUUGUUUAUUCCUCCUCGUGGAGCGGCUGGCGGCGAGGCGGACACCAGAGAAGCUCCAGCUCGGCAGCCACCUGACCUCCUGGAAAAUAAGAUCGCAGCUAAUGACACGCAGGCUGGGGUCUUACGUGGCUCAUUACUAAGCUCUCGGGCGGAGCGGGGCGAGUUCUCCGCGAGGCUGUUGCAUGUCCAGUCUUGACGCACGUGAAGUUUGCAGAAUCCAAUUACUGAUAUCUAAAUUAUGGUAAGUGCUAAUUAAUUUGUGUCAACUGUGAAAUAGAAUUAGCUGGACUUAAUUGCCCGUUGAAGUUGCCCCUUUCAUCGCCCCAUUCGGCAAAUUGCUAUUAAUAAGUGGAUCUUCUGUCAAAGCCCGACAGCAUGGAUAUAACCGGAGUGCACGUCCUCCAGCGGUCGUGAUGCCAAGCGCCGGUCUAAUCCCGCGCCGCUGGCCCGUAAUGCCUGCUCUCUAACCUGUACCAGUGUGGCGCCGUGUCCCGGUCACACCGCCAGGAUGAGCAGCACCGACCUGGAGCGCAUGUCGCUCAGCUCCUCGGCCAACUCGGUGGCCUCCAGCGCGCGGACCCUGUCGGCUAACGUGAGGAAGCUACACAACGCGCUCAACCUCCUGCUCAACGACUUUGAGAGGGAGCAGUUCAUCCACUGCCUCAACGUGUACCACUCCAAACGCAACGUGUACGACCUGGUUCAGACCCUCAACGUCAUCCUCAACGCGCCCAGCAAACGGCAACUUCUGCCCAUGCUGCGGUUGGUUAUCCCCCGCUCUGACCAGCUGCUCUUCGAGCAGUACACCUCGGAGGGCCUCUACUUAAAAUCGGAUUUAGUUGCAAGCAAUGGCAACGCCGAACCCCCUCCGGGCGACUUCGCCAGCGCCAGCCCAACUUCCCCGGAGCAUUUCUCGCCAAACAACCCGCCCGAGUUUCAGGUGGCGUUGCGUGGCUCGCCGGACAGCUUCAGCACCAGCAGCGAAGGGACAGCUCCCCUGGUGCCUCUGCUCGGGAGGAACUUUGUCCACGAGCCACCGGGCGAGAUACGGCAGGUCACCAUGAAGCGACACAAGAGCAACGAGGGCCUGGGUUUCAGCAUCCGCGGCGGCUCGGAGCACGGGGUGGGCAUCUAUGUGUCCCUGGUGGAGCCGGGGAGCCUGGCGGAGAAAGAGGGUCUCCGAAUCGGGGACCAGAUCAUGAAAGUGAACGACAAAGUCUUCGACAAAGUCACUCAUGCUGAAGCUGUGAAGGUGCUGAAGGGCAGUAAAAAGCUUGGCCUCUCUGUGCGUUCAGUCGGGCGGAUUCCAGGUGGCUAUGUCACCAACCAUGUUUAUACCUGGGUUGACCCUCAGGGUCGGAGUGUGUCCCCUCCUCCUGACCUGCCUGAGCAUCGGAGCGCCACCCUGAGAAGAACGGACAGCCAGCGGCGCAGCAACAUGCAGCUGCUGCAGGAGGGAGACGAGAAGAAGGUCAACUUGGUUUUGGAUGACGGCCGGUCUCUGGGUCUGAUGAUCCGGGGGGGAGCAGAAUACGCUCUGGGUAUUUACAUCACCGGAGUGGACCAGGGAUCAGCAGCAGAGUGUGGAGGACUCAAGGUCGGUGACCAGAUCUUGGAGGUGAACGGCCGCAGCUUCCUGAGCAUCCCGCACGACGAAGCCGUCAGGGUCCUGAAGUCGUCGCGGCACCUGAUGAUGACGGUGAAAGACGUGGGCCGUCUGCCGCACGCCAGGACAGUGGUGGGGGAGACCAAGUGGAUUGCCAGCUCGCAGAUUGGAGAGAGCUCCGCCAACAGCAGCAUGGCAAGCUUCUCGGUGGACAAAGGGGCCUCUGCAGCAGGAAAGGGUCUGGGCUUCAAUGAGAGGAAUUUGAUGCAAAAAUAUGUUCAGCCUGGGUUUUAUAAAGGUGUGGCGGGCUCACAGGUGACCCUGUCCAGCCUGGUGAACCAGUCACGGGCCAUGCUGGAGGAGCAGGCGCGCCACUUGCUGACAGAGGCGGAGCGGCAGACCAUGGGCUAUUACGUAGAGGAGUACCGGGACGGACACAUCGGCGUGGAGCAGCUAGUCGUGGCGCUGUUCGAGCUGCUCAACACGCAUGCAAAGUUCUCUCUGCUGUCAGAGGUGCGAGGCCUGGUCACCCCACAGGACCUGGAGCACUUCGACGGGCUGGUGCUGAGACGUGAAAUUCAGGCUCUAAAAGCGCGACAGGGGACAGCCGGAGCCAUGGCACUCCAACCAGACUCCCUGUCCAUGGUGUCGUACGCAGACACUCUGACCUCUUCUUCAGCCAGCUUCAUGACCAACACCACCCUCAGCUCUGCACGGAACGACAGUGUGGUGGAGAGUAAUAAGGAGGGUCCUCCGGAGAGUCUGAACACGCUGCUGACCGACAUCUCUCUGGUGAGCCCGGCAGGCAGGCACAGGCCCUGCUUUGGCGUGAUAAAGGACGACGUACAGUCCACAACAGCUGAGUCUCCCCCCUCCUUCAAGCCUCCGCCCCCACCAGGGGUGCAGAGGCGCCCAACUAGACGAGAUCCGCUCAACAAAUGCCCCUCGUCCGAAUCCUCCCACUCAGGCUUGUACUUCACAGCCCCGACCUCUCACCACUACAGCAAAGAGCCAGGACACGUCCCCGCCUCGCCUUCGCUGUACCACAAACGAGAACAUCCCAGGGAUCCGUCUCGGGACUACGCAGUCAUCAGAAAGAGAGAUCCGCCGGUACCUUUCAAGAAAGAACAGAUAGCUGCGGCUCAGUUGUCUAUGGUCACACAGCACAACAUCGGCCCUUUCCCCAGGGUCCUGUCCCCUAGCAGACGCACCAAACCUGCUGCCCCGUCCCCUUCACCUCCACCUCCACCUCCACUCCCUGCUCCUCCUCCACCCCCUUCUCUUCCCCUUAAACCAAUGUCCAUGUCCAAAGCCUCCUCCUCCUCUCCUGGCUCUAAACAGCAGUUUGUAACAGUGGAGGUUCACAGGCCCAAUGCAGAGCCCGACGUCAAUGAGGUGCGGCCGCUGCCCCAAACCCGAGGUGGCGCUCUGUCUCAGCUGUCAGACAGCGGCCAGACCCUCAGUGAAGACAGCGGGGUGGACAUAGCUGAGUCAGGACACAUCAGCAAAGACAGCAGCCCCCAUUCCUCACGCACACGCCACCCCCGAGACAUCCAGGGGGGUGGGGGGGGCAACCCCUCCAAACCGCCGGGGCUGUUGGAGCCAACCUCGACUUUAGUGAGGGUGGCAAAGAGUGCCAGCACUCUGGGUAUCGCCAUUGAAGGUGGAGCCAACACUCGCCAGCCGCUGCCACGAAUUGUCACAAUACAGAGGGGUGGUUCAGCUCAUAACUGCGGCCAGCUGAAGGUGGGUCAGGUGAUCUUGGAGGUAAACGGGGCGACCAUGAGGGGCCGCGAGCACAGGGACGCCGCACGCCUCAUUGCCGAGGCCUUCAAGACCAAAGAGAGGGACCACGUGGACUUCCUGGUGACCGAGUUCAAUGUGGCGCUAUAGCUGAGUGGAGGAGGAGAGAGGACGAGGGCAGCGCCGAGAGAAGAAGAGUUGGAGGACGACAUGAGAGGAAGAAAGUCUAUUGUUUUAAAUGGCACAACUCUUUUAGAUAGACACAAACGAACCAACUGAUCUCUGAGUCCUUCGAAACACCCACCCCUUGAGUCUGGAUACAUGAUACUCAAAUUUUACAAGGCAUUACUUCUGCCGUGGACUUUGUUCAGGAUUCUCCUCAACUUGUUACCUCCCCACUGUGAGACCUUAUGCACUAAAUGGAAAGUAGUGAAACGUGUACCUUUUCUUUGUUCCCUCCGUGUUAAAACUUGUGGAUUUACAAGCAUUGAAACCCACCGGAACUUCUCGUAGCACUCCCAGGUCCCAUGGUCAGUUAACUUUAUUAUUAUUAUUGUUUUGCUUCUGCCUGAGAGACAACUGCACAUCUAAGACUGAUCCAUGCUCAACUUUACAAGCCUGGAUUUGUAAAUGUAAAAAUUAACAAAUGUAGAUACAGAUGCAUAUAUACACUUAAAGAUACUCCUAUAUGAAUAAUAAAACCCGUAACCUCCGCUGCAUCAUCAGCAUAUAGUGAUAUAUUUCAAAGAUGAUGAUAAUUCAGGCCAUCCUGGUGAUAUGUGAUUCUACACAUUUUGUAGUGAUGGAACCGGCCUGUCUGCGUAUUACAACCCUUUCACAAAAAGGAAAUACAUGUUACAUUCUCAUAUUUCUUUAAUCAGACAACAUGUACUUCUCCAUGUGUAUCUGUAUUGUUUGAGACUAUGUCCAAGCUAAACAAGCGGAAUUUCUUUAAUUCUGUGAAAGCAACAAUACAAACAAUAAGAAUCAUGGCUAAAUUGUAGCUUCUUUUUCUUUCUUUUUUUCAUCAGCAAAACAUUUCUGACAACUGCACUGUAUCCAAGUUCCCCAGUACACACUGAAACACAAGGUGGUUCACAUUCAUUCACUACACAGAGCAAUUUUGAAAACCUCAGUUUGGACGCUGGAUCAAAAAAUACAUUUGUACAUUUGGCUAUUUUAUUCUGCAACUACCCUCAGUUUUUCCCUCAGACUGCUCUGCUUUUCUCCUGCUACUCUGAAUAACAAUUGAUGAUUUUUAUUUGUUUAUUUCAUUGUUGUAAUUAUAUUCACCCGGGGGGGGGGGGUUGUUUUCUAAAGCCAUGCUCAGUGAAGCAGUUAUGCCCGAGAGGGGAGUGAUGAGACAUUUAGAGGACGACACUGCCAAAGAUUUGAGAAACACUCCUCCACACAUGUUCACCCAUGGAACAUGUGCACGCACACAUUUUAUCCACUCAUAGAAAAGCAAUUAGGAGAUAAGCAAUCAGGUGGAGAGAGAGAGAGAGAGAGAGAGAGAGAGAGAGAGAGAGAGAGAGAGAGAGAGAGAGAGAGAGAGAGA